AUGGAGAUAGAAACAGAGAUUCACGCCGUGGAUCCAGCCGGACGCGGGAUGACGCUCGUGAUCGCCACCAUGGCAGUCGCCGAGAUGAUCCCCCUCGUAGUGAUUCUGGCAGCAACAGCAGCCGUGUCGGAGCACGUGGAAGUCGCGACAGUCGUCGUGAACACAAUAGGCAUCACAGGGACGGUGAUUACUAUCGCGCCGACCGCUCACGCUCGCGCUCGCGCUCUCACUCCCCCCGCCGGCACCAUGCUCGCGAUGACCGCGACCGUCGAGGACGAGACCGUCACGACCGGCACGACCGUCACGACCGGCACGACCGUCACGACCGUCACGACCGGCACGACCGGCACGACCGGCACGACCGGCACGACCGGCACGACCGUCAUGACCGGCAUGACCGGCAUGACCGUCACGAUCGGCAUGACCGUCACGACCUCGGGCACGCCACCGAACGAGGAUGAGCGGGAUCGCCGCACCGUCUUUGUCCAACAGCUGGCCAAUCGACUUCGGACCGAUAAGCUCAAGGCCUUUUUCGAGCAGAAUGCCGGACCUGUAAACGAAGCACAAAUCGUGAAAGAUCGCGUUAGCGGCCGGUCAAAAGGCGUUGGCUACGUCGAGUUCAAGGACGAGGAGGCCGUUCAGAAGGCUCUCCAGCUCACCGGCCGUCCUCUGGAGGGCAUCCCCAUCAUCGUUCGAGUUACCGAGGCGGAGAAAAACCGGCAGGUCAAAAAGGCCGACGAGUCGGGUGGUGGGAACUCCAACUCUGCCCCAUUUCACCGUCUCUACAUCGGCAACAUUCACUUCAAUGUCACCCAGGAAGAUCUCGAGGCCGUCUUCGAGCCUUUCGGCGAGCUUGACUUUGCUCAGCUGCAGAUGGACGAGAACAAGCGCAGCAAGGGCUUCGGCUUUGUCCAGUACAAGGAAGCUGAAAAUGCCCGAGAGGCGCUCGAGAAGAUGAAUGGCUUCGAGCUUGCCGGACGUCCCAUCCGUGUCGGAUUAGGCAACGACCGGUCAGGCAACGACGCCAACUCUAGGCUCCACGGCCCUAAUGGGAACUUCCAAGGAUCUGCCUUUUCAGGUGCCGGCGGCCGCGGCCCGGCAUCGGCCUUUGACCGAGCCGGAGCGCGCGACGACAGAAACGGUGGCGGUAGCGCGCUGGAUGACUCGGACGUGGCCGGUGUGAAUUUCAAUAACUACAGUCGCGAUGCGUUGAUGAGAAAACUUGCCAGGACCGAAGACACAACCGAUGGCAGAGACGCUGCGCAGGCUAUCAAGCCACGUGCCGAGACGAAGCCAUUGCCCGUCAGCGUCAACGUCGCCAGCCGCUGCAUCCUCCUGCGCAACAUGUUUGACCCCGAUGAGGAAGAGGGUGAGGAUUGGGCCGACGAACUCGCAAUGGAUGUCAAGACGGAAUGCGAGAAGAGGUACGGCACCGUUGUGCACGUCGAAGUCGAUCCUAAUACCAAGGGCGACGUCUAUCUCAAGUUCGCCCAGGUGCAGGGCGGAGAGAACGCCAUCAAAGGUCUCAACGGUCGUUACUUUGGUGGCCGCAUGAUCAACGCGUCUCCGGUUGUUGAUGCCGUCUACAGCAGCCUCUUCACUCGUUCCCGAGCUCUCUAA